ACUGCUAAACACCAGGCGAAGGCACCGAGUGCCACCCACCAAUACCAGCGGCAGUAAAUUUCGAGCUGCUGCUACUGCUGCCUGCUCGGGACACCUCACUCCAUCUCCGCCUCCGCCCCCGCCCCCGCUCCGCCACCCCCAGCGCUCCUAGGGUUCCCUCUCGUCUUCUCGCGCCCCGCAUCGCCGUCGCUGGGGUUCGGAGGAGGGGCGUGCUGCUUGGGGGGAACCCAAAUCGGGCCUCGCGGGAGCUGUUCCCUCGCCCCGCCGCCGAUGCCUGCGAGGUUUCGCGGCUGAGCUUUCGUUUUUGCCUCUGAGGGCUCGCGGCGGGGAGGUCUGGGCGUUUCUGGGGUUUAGAUCGAGGCCUCUGAGCUCGCUCUCCGCAAUGCCGGGGAGGUCAGGCGUCGAUUGCUAGGGUUUUGCUCGUGGAUUUGCCGAGAGAGGGCUGGGGAUCGUUCGGAAUGCAGCGAGUUGCCCGAGGUCUGGUGCUCACUUUCGCGCAAUUUGAUGUUUCCCGACCAGCUGUGCCUCGCCGAUUUGGUUUCCUGCUAAGCCUGUGAAGGGGACGAGGAGGAGGAGGGGUUUUGGGGAGGUUGGGACGAGUUGCUGAUUUGGUCGCAAUGUCUGGGUCUAGCUCGAGGGGGCGGCUGUCGCCGGCUUCAGGUGGUGGAGACUCUGAGCCGCGGUCUGCGGGGAGCAGGACACGAUCUGUGUCUGCUACCCGGGGUCGGAAGGCGUCGCCGAGGCCUGGGAGGGAUGUCGCAUCAGCAACAGCGACAGUGGAGGAGAAGAAGCCUGCUGCGGUGCCUACAUUGCUCCCUUCUCUCAGCGUGCCGGCAGGGAUGCGCCGGCAGGAGCUGCUACUGCGCUCAGGGUUCUCUCUCGACGCCUCAUGCUCAUCAGACGCUUCGACAGACUCAUUCUGCAGCCGGGCAUCCACUGGGCGGAUUGGGAGGCCGGUGUUUGGGCCGAGGAAGAAGAAGACCGUCUCCCAGGCUGAUCAUAAGGUCUCUGCCAUGCUGGAAAGAGAGGCUGGAUCUGCUUCUCCAAGUGAUGCUUCUGGUCUGAAGAGGAGGUGUGCUUGGGUGACUGCUAAUACCGAUCCAUGUUAUGUUGCAUUUCAUGACGAAGAGUGGGGAGUUCCAGUUCAUGACGACAAGAAGUUGUUUGAGUUACUGGUGCUCUCGGGUUCACUGGCCGAACUUACAUGGCCAACAAUUUUGAACAAGAGAUCUAUAUUCAGGGAGGUUUUCAUGGAUUUUGACCCUGCAUCAGUCUCUAAAUUAAGCGAGAGGAAGAUUAUUGCACCUGGAAGUCCUAGCAGCUCCUUGUUAUCUGAACAGAAAUUGCGGGGUGUUAUUGAGAAUGCCCGACAAAUACUGAAGGUUAUAGAGGAGUUUGGGUCAUUUGAUAAGUACUGCUGGAGCUUUGUGAACCACAGACCUAUAUUGAGCACAUUCAGGUAUCCCCGUCAGGUUCCUGUCAAGACAUCUAAAGCGGACGCGAUAAGCAAAGAUUUGGUCCGAAGGGGUUUCCGCAGCGUAGGCCCAACGGUCGUGUACACCUUCAUGCAAGUCUCUGGCAUGACGAAUGACCACCUCAUCUCCUGCUACCGGUUUGCUGAAUGCGCUGCAGCCGCAACCGGUGCUAAGCCUACUACCGAAUCUGGCAGCGAAGCAAAUUCAGGCGCCAGCAAUCACGCCACGGAGCAAAAGGCGAACGGGGCCGCUAACGGACUAGCCGUUGACAUCGAGCUGUCCAGAACGAUAGACGAGCUCAGCAUCUCGUAGCAGCGGCUGGGAGGGGGACGCUGGAGCCAUGUAUAAGCGUUGUGUGCAUUUUGUGUAUCGUAGGGUAGCUUUUCUCGGCGUGUUAAGACUGGUUGAACAGCAGCAUGUAAUGAUGUAUAUUCUUUGUGAUGCAAAAGCAUUUGUUUUUCCUGAA